GCGGCCGCGGUCGGAGAGCCAUUUGGUGGGUUUGUGGGGAGGGAGAGACGCACGAAUAACAGGUGUGCAGCUGUCCUUGUGAUACUUCCUUGACAGCCCCGUUCGGCUGGCGUGUAGCACGGCGGUUUAUUUCGCUGGAGUUGGGACUCUAGGGAACGAGUAGUGCUCAAAGCGUUGGUGGGAGCCAAUAGCAGGACUGGUUCGGUCUAGUCUUGCCUGUGGGAACAAGGAUCAAAAUAAAUGAGCGCUUACAGCCAUUUCUAUUACUUACAUUAGUGAUUCUGAGAACCCUUUUAAUGAACCGCUGGAAACAUAAAGUCUUCUGCCGGGCUGUUCCCACAGCUUUAGAAGUACUGUGACAACCACAAAUAGGAUAAAGGCAUAGAGGUUAAAGGUGAAUGAGCAGUCAACUUUGUCCUUCAGGUGUCAUGAAAAGCAAAAUCACAGUAUACAGCAGGGAAUCUCAUUGAAAAGUCCAAUCUUAGUCCCACCUGUCGGGCUCUCUAUUGGUAGAGCAGAGACUGGAUUCCAUUGGUCUAAAUGUAAAGAAGAUUCUUUAGUCAGACUGCUGACUGCACGCUGUUCUUAUUUUGAGUGUCUAGCUCCAAAACUAACCUAGCCAGUGGUCCCAAGGGCCACUAUAGUUUCAUCACUGAGUCCUGACAAAGCAGUCAUGGAAUAGGGUUGCUAACUAUGGUAUCCUGCCUUAUCUGGACCGUGUAUCUUGAGAUUGGGAUGACUGUUGGGAUGGUGUUUUCAGUUCCAGAAUUCAUCUUGCUAUAACUAGUGAGGUACUGAGAAUUUCUGCUUGUGAUGGCAGAGGAUCAGGAGCUGACUCGGCCAUGCAAGACUCCCCUGGAGCCCUCCCUCCAGCAGUGCACCAGCAACACAUACCGCAGUGUAGAGCACUCCCAGUCCUUACUCAGCGGCCUAGUAGCUCUCCGAGAUAGUGGCAUCCUUUUUGAUGUAGUCCUGGUAGUGGAAGGGAAACCUAUUGAAGCUCAUCGGAUACUUCUAGCUGCAUCAUGUGACUAUUUCAGGGGGAUGUUUGCUGGUGGUCUAAGAGAGAUGGAACAGGAAGAGAUUCGUAUUCAUGGAGUCUCCUACAAUGCUAUGUGUAAAAUCCUGAACUUCAUAUACACCUCUGAACUAGAACUCAGCCUGAACAACGUGCAAGAAACGCUAACUGCUGCCUGCCAACUUCAGAUUCCAGAAGUCAUUAAGUUCUGUUGUGAUUUUCUCAUGUCCUGGGUGGAUGAGGAGAACAUCCUGGAUGUAUACAAAUUAGCUGACCUCUUUGACUUGAAUCAGUUGAGCGAGCAGCUGGACUCCUAUAUUCUCAAGAACUUUGUAGCUUUCUCAAAGACAGAGAUAUACCGCCAGCUACCCCUGGAGAAGGUCUACUCCCUACUGAGCAGCAACCUCUUGGAGGUCAACUGUGAGAAUGAGGUUUAUGAAGGGGUGCUUCUGUAUCAUUACACCCUAGAACAGGUAGAGACAGAUCAGGUCUCACUGAUGGAGCCUCCUAAGCUACUGGAAACAGUCCGCUUCCCCCUGAUGGAGCUCCAGAUCCUGCAAAGGCUCCAUGACAAAUUAAGCCCAUGUCCAUUAAGAGAGACUGUAGCCGAUGCACUAAUGUACCACAAGAAUGAAUGUCUUCAGCCCAUGCUUCAAACCUCCCAGACACAGGUGAGGUCAGAGUUCCACUGUGUAGUGGGCUUUGGAGGGAUGCACUCCACUCCAUCCACAGCCCUCAGUGACCAAGCCAAGUACUUGAGCCCCAUAUUGGGAGAGUGGAGGCACUUUACUGCUGCAUUAGCACCCAGAAUGUCCAACCAAGGAAUCGCUGUUUUCAACAACUUUGUAUACUUGAUUGGGGGAGAUAACAACGUACGAGGUUUUCGAGCAGAGUCCAGGUGUUGGAGGUAUGACCCACGACACAACAAAUGGUUCCAGAUCCAGUCCCUGCAGCAAGAGCAUGCUGACCUCUGUGUCUGUGUUGUGGACAAAUAUAUAUAUGCUGUCGCAGGGCGAGAUUAUCAUGAAGACCUAAGGGAAGUAGAGAGGUAUGAUCCAAAAACCAACACGUGGGAAUACAUGGCACCGCUGAGGAAGGAGGUGUAUGCACAUGCUGGAGCCACACUGGAUGGAAAGAUGUAUAUUACAUGUGGGAGGAGAGGAGAUGAUUAUUUGAAGGAACUACACUGUUAUGAUCCAGGGGCUGACCGCUGGGACAGCUUAGCUGAUGGUCCAGUCAGACGUGCCUGGCAUGGGAUGGCUGCACUUCUGGGAAAGCUGUAUGUGAUUGGAGGUAGCAACAAUGACUCUGGCUAUAGGAGAGAUGUUCACCAGGUUGCCUGCUAUAGCACAAAUACUGAUCAGUGGACAAAUGUAUGCCCUCUACCUGCAGGGCAUGGAGAGCCAGGUAUUGCUGUCUCAGCCAAUAGAAUCUAUGUCUUGGGGGGCAGAUCCCACAAUCGAGGGAUCCGGAUGGACUAUGUCCAUAUUUAUGAAGCUGAGAGAGACUGCUGGGAGGAAGGUCCCCAGUUGGAGGAUGAUAUUUCUGGGAUGGCUGCCUGUGUCCUCACUCUGCCUAGGGCUAUUCUAAUGGACACAGAGAGGUGGACUCCAGAAUGGAACCCAGAGCGACUACAGCAUCACCCAGACUUUGCCUCUGAGGUUAUGAGUGUGUCAGACUGGGAGGAAUUUGACAAUUCAAGUGAAGAUUAAGGACCCGAGGAUUUUUUUUCAGGGAGGGAAGGAAAUUAAGGCUUGGGAAAUUGUUUAGACACUUUUUAAUGUCUUUGGUAUAACAUACAUUGAAUCAAUAUUUAAACAUUUGGAAACUAAACGUUCUGUACAAAAGGCCUUCUGCAUUCUCUCUAUUUGUCACAAAGCAGCAGUGUGAAAGCAACCAAAGAACUCCCCCUCCCCCCCCCAAUAAAAAGGCAGAGGUUUUUGUCCUUUUGAAGGGGCCUGUUUUCAACCCACAACAUGGACAGAAGAAGCACAAAAGACCUAGCUUGGCUAGCUCCUUUGCUUCAAACUUUCAGCAUGAAAUCACUUCCUUGUUCCUCUAUAAUGACCCUGUCAGCAUAAAAUCUAAUGGCCAGGAAGAUACAACCAAGUGUCUGCCCGUGUCAGUUGUCAGUCCGCUGUAUAGGUCAUGCAGUGAGAACGAGUGCUGUAGCAGUGACCACAGCAAGAAAGUUGGUUCAAACCCUCCUCCUAUCUGGGCAUGCAGCCAUCCUCGUAACAGGCUUAGAAACUGUGAUCUGACUCCCGCUUCUGAAUUACUAUACUGCAGGCUUUGUCAACAAGGUGGAAGACUACCAUAACCAGUACAAAGAUCAUUUUUCUAGAAAUCUCUUUAAUCAGAUGAACUUUUAUAGAUACCAUUUGUUCACAAAUGAAAUAAUAAAUCCUUGUGGGAACUUUUUAUUAUU